AAUGCUAGUUUAUAAAACCAGUGGAGUGAAAUACUCGACUAUGUAACAUUCAACAGUGAUUCAGGGCUUCACUCUGAAACUGAAUUGAAAGAGCAUCAUAUUCAUUACAUAGAUCAACCCGAAAUGGCGAAACGCGACACAUCAGAUUCCGAGUCCGAGGAAGGCUCCUCAAGUUCAGCGUCAGACUCGGAAACCAUGGCCAAUGCGAAGGGCGUUUCAGAGUACGAGAAACAGAGGAUGUCCAGAAUUGCUGAGAACAGAGCCAGAUUGGAGGCUUUGGGUUUGCCCCAAAUCGCUUCCUCCCUCAAGGGUUCGCCUCAGACCAACCAAAAGGGUAAAGAAAAGGUUCAAAAUGAUGAUGAUGAAGAGUACGUACCCGAAGACGAUGGAGAAUUCGCUUCAGGUUUUUCAAGUGAAGAAGAUGACAACCAUAAAGAUGAAGACUUUGCAGUUGAAAAUGCUUCUGGGUCACGGAAAAGGAAGUUGCAGGUAAAGAACAAAGGUUUGAAAACAAAAGGUAGAGUUUCUGGGAAGAAGCAUGUCAAUAAUUCAGAGAACAUUGAUGAUGAUGAUGAAGCUUUGAGGCAGGCAAUUGCUCUUUCCCUGCAAGACUCCAAGAAUGUAGUGAACAUUAGCAAGACUGAGAAAAAGGGAAGCAAUCACAUUCAAGAAGAUAAGGGAAGAAAGAAGAACAAAAAACCGUUUUCGAGUCGGCUGCAAAUGACCGAGGAUGAGCUCAUUGUUCACUUCUUCCAGCUUGAUGAAGCGGGAAAAGGAACUAUAACAAUAAGGGAUCUACAAAGGGCAGCUACGGCUCACGACUUUUUAUGGACAGACAAAGAGUUGGUUGAUAUGAUUCGCUGCUUUGAUAGUGAUGGAGAUGGAAAGCUAAGCCUUGAUGAUUUCCGGAAGAUUGUUGUUCGUUGCAACUUGAUUAAGGACUAAGGAGUCUUGAAUCUUGAAAAGAUUUAUAGAAUCAAGGUUAGAAAUAGAGAUGAAAUAGAAAGAUAUUAUAGGUUGACUAAUAUACCAUUGUCAUUCCUUUUGCUCUUAUUGGUAUCGCUUUGAGGGUCGAGGCCAUGAUCACUAUGUAUAUAUAUUCCGUGGAAUGACUCAGAUUUUUAUUAUUCCUUGAAUCCCAUCAUUGCUUUAUAACU